AUGACACAAGAAGUUAUGCGGGAGAGACUGAUCUUCUUUGCGAAAAUGAUAGACGAGGAGUUACACGGGAAUACCGUAGAAAUGUUUUAUCGUGGGAUCUUUAGUCAGAAAGGGAUGAUGUGGUUGGACCAGAUCUAUUUAGUUCUUUUUCCCUUUAGUCACACGACGAAAUCAAUAAUUCGCCAAAUCAUCAUUGACUCCAAAUUUGGGCUUCUUAGAAAGAUCAAAGAUGCGUUCAAUAGGUUUGUGGAUGUCGUGGAUUCAACGCAUGACGACGAGAUGAAGAAGGAGAUAGCCGUAAUCAAGGAAAUGAGUUUCAUUGAAUUUUCAGAUGAAAAUCAUUAUAUCCCCCAAUCGUUCCAAAAAAAUGAAAAGGUAUUAAAAGAAUGGGACGAUUUUAUUAAGAAAAUUAACUACAAAUUACCAACAAACAAUGCAAAAAUGUUCCUCAAAAAAUCCUUCUUUGCUGUUAUUGAGAAAAAGAUCGAGGCAAAAUUUAACUACACUGAAUUAAUGUAUAAGUUCGAAACGGAAAAAAAGAAAGAAAAAAUCUUGGAACAAAAAUCAACAAUUCUCCUCCCGACGCAAACAAAACUCCUCACACCACUCGAACAAAAUGCGAAAAAAAUAAAUAACGUGAUUGACGUCGACAAAACGACGGAAACCCCCCAAAUUUGCCAAAAAAUAGAAACAAUCGAAAAAAGGGAAAAAGCCGAAAAAAUUGAAGAAAAAGCGCAAGAAGAUUUAAAAAAGCCGAUCCCAAAUAGUGAGAGAAAUGUCGGAAAGGAACCAAAGAAAUUGACAAAAGUCGAGGAAAAAAUUCAGGUGCCCGUAACGCCACAAAAGAGAGAGGAAAAGAUUGAGAAUGCCAAAACAAACACCACACUUGAGGCGAAAAAAAUGGAGGAAUUGAACGGAUCAGACGGUCUGAGGGAAAUGGAAUGUGAAUAUGAGACCUCGACGGCGUUGGACAACCUUGACACAGAGUAUGAAAGUGUGUUGAUUGAAAUUGCCGACAAACUUCGCAGGGGCUAUGUUUUCCAAGACACUUCGCUUGUAGAGAACUGCCUUGGAACCAUCACCAGUUGUUUUAAUUAA